GUAAAAGUCAUAUACAGCUACACCCCCGAGAGACGCGCGGAUCUAGAGCUGAUUGAAGGAGACAUCGUCAAAGUGGAAGAGAUGGAAGGCGAGUGGUGGGUGGGCACCUCCACGCGCACGGGGAAGUUUGGAUCCUUCCCGUCCAACUAUGUGCAACUGGCUGAGAUGUAG